GUGGGAGAGCAUGGGAAAUGGAAAGUGUGUGCCGGUCAGCGAGGAAUAGAUUACAUCAGUAGAGCGUAAGGAAAACCUCAGAGAGGAAAGAGGAAACCAAACGGCUACUAAACGUAGUUUUGUAAUGGAGCUCCUGCCAGCAUUGGUGUCUGCUGUCAAUCUCAUGAAGAACAGCAACGCAGUCCAGAACAUGAAAGAAAACUUGACAGGAAGCAGGAUGCACCUGAAGAGGUCACACCUGCACAUAUGGUGCAGAGGAAUAAGCAUGUCAUCUCUGGAGGUGUGUUGGCCGGUACCGAUGCGAGCCAUCGGAGCACAGAAUCUCCUCACUAUGCCUGGAGGAGUUACUAUAGCAGGAUACCUCCACAAGAAGGGAGGCAGCCAGUUUAGCCUCUUGAGAUGGCCUCUGAGGUACAUCAUUAUCCACAAGGGUUGCGUGUACUACUUUAAAAGUAGUACUUCUGCUGCACCACAAGGGGCGUUUUCUCUGAAUGGGUACAACAGAGUGAUGAGAGCAGCAGAGGAGACAACAUCCAACAAUGUUUUCCCAUUUAAGAUCAUCCACAUCAGUAAGAAACACAGGACAUGGCUUUUUUCUGCAGCGAGUGAAGAUGAAAGGCGGAAAUGGAUGCGAUCCCUGCGAUGUGAGAUUGAUCGUUAUAAUGACCGAAAAGAGUCUCAUAUUCCAAGCGACUCUGAUUCAGAUGCAGAUAGUUUCUAUGGAACGAUUGAGAGGCCCUUGGAUAUUAAAGACCCAGUAAAUAAUGCAGAAAAUGAUUUUUGUGAUGAUGACGAUGAAGAUGACGAAGACUAUUUGAAGCCGGACAGCGAGUGUUUGCCGACAUGUACAGCCUCAGGUCGACCCACUGGACCUCCACCUUCUUACCCGCCACCCCCUGUACCCAUGAUGUCCCAGCGCCAGCAAGACUUCUGUCUCCAUAAAGACUCACCACCUCCAGUCCUGUCACAUAGCAGAAUUCAAACCAACCCCAAAAGACCUCUUCCCUUGAAACCCCCUCCCAUUCUAAAGGACCCAAACAAAGGUCCACCUCCUCCCCCCUUCCUUCCCCAUCCGCGCAAGCCCUCCUCUGAUAUCCCGCCGCCCCUUCCUCCCCCCAACACACAGCGAACUCUUAAAAGCACGCCACAGUCAGUGGUUAGGACUGAGACGAACAAGCGAGACCGGAAUCCUCCAUCGGCUAUCGUGCUCCAAUCCCCCGCCAUCCCGCCCAUCUGUGAGCGACUCGAGACCAGAAUGGUCCUGGAUGGUUCAGACCGGUGCUCCCCUAAUGCCGGGACCAACCGCUCUAUUAGCAACAACCACCUUGGAGCACCUGUGAUCAACCUUCACAGCAAACCAAGCCUUUCAGCGCCACAUGCUGCAAGUUUUCAAGGCCGAACGGCCAAAUCCCGAAAGUCAUACCCUCAGACACCUUCCAGUCGUCCACCGCUGCCCUGCAACCCCCCUCGAUCUCCUCUUCUUCAAACUGGACUGCAAAAUAAGACCAUGGAUAUGCCGAAAACUCCACCAGGAGUCAAGCCUCCACAGCCUGUCACCAAGCCCAGACAGUCAGGCGCCCCUCUUCAAAGAGCAGCUCCUGAAGGGCAAAGCUUCCGUUCAUCUGAAGGCGAGAAACAAGACUUGACCAAAAGCAGCCAAGGAGACGUUUCGGAUGGCGAUUACGAUAAUAUGCUUCUACCAGACUCUGUAUUCAUUGACACGACGGAAACCAGCAUUGUAGAAAAAUUAUUUAAAGAGUGUGCCAACUUUCCACAUGAUGGACUUUAUGGAAUCAGAAACUCAGGAACCAAAACCUCAAAGGUGCUGGUGGUAUGGGAUGUCGGCAUCGGCAAAGCCAGAAACUACCGUUUAUUUGAAGAGGGUGACCGGAUGUUUCUGGACACUGAUGUAACAUUUUCCAGUCUGUCAUCAAUGGUGGAACACUAUUACAGCCAUCCUCUUCCUCACCAUGGUUCCCUUUGCCUCCAGAAACCUUACUCAUAAACACUAGUGGUGGAGUGAUACCGCAAAUACCAAAAAGUCUCUUCCAUUCCAACAUCUCAAACACCAUGGGCAAGACCAAAGAGCUGUCAAAGAAAAACCUCAAUGACAAGACUAUAGACCUCACAGCCUAAUGGUAAUGACAUGUCCAUGGCCACCUUCAAAACCUUCAGUUACAAUAUUUUUCUUAGCAAUUCCAAAAAGCCAUUUAAUUCAAUAAUGACCUCAAAUGUCAUACGUGGAAGCGGGUGAAAAAAAUCUUUGUUGUAUCUUUGAGAUGAUCAAGGAGAUGACGUUUCCAGCUGACCUUACCAGAGUCAGUUGUCGCUGUCUCUGGUGCUGAAGCAUUUGAAGAAGAAUAGGAAGAAAUUAUUAUCAUUCAUAAAAGUGCACAUUUUGAUUAGGCAUAGUAUCUAGCCUAUUAUGUGUAGUUGCACAGCCAGUUUGCUUUAUGCCAUUUGUACAAGUUACUGUAUCCAUUGUCGGCCAUUUUCUUUAUUGUCAUUGUAGUCAAGACAUACAGUACAGUGUGAGAAAAUUAUUGCAGUAACAUUGUUAGAUAAAAGUAUCAAAUAUCAUUAUGAAAACAGAAGACUUAAAAUGUAACAAAAUGCUCAAAUGGAGGAAACCAAUGUCAGCAAACGACCUUAGGUUGAAAAAUCUGUUAUUAUGGCCCUAAUGCAUGACUAUGUUGUAAUCUUGUGAUGGCUCCUUUACUUCAGAACUACUACUAAUAGUUUAAAUACUGUGCUACUGGCAAAUCAGUGACAAAAUGGGAGGUCUUUCUGUGGCAAGAGCCAAUCACAAGCUGUAAGUGUGCUCACAACCCAUUGGAAAUCACUCCAUACAGCAGUCCGAUUCACAGUGUCAUCUUCCAAAGAACACUAUAAUCAUCACACAGCAACUUAACACUCAAAAGCUAGAUAGGAAAUAUACAAGACAAGUACCAAUACAAUUACAAUACUUUAACUUCAUCUCAUAAUUAUAUUUCAUCCCAGCAAAGCAUUUAAUUGUUUAUUGCUGCUGGGGUGCUGCAAUGUUGCCUCUGUCCACCAGAGGAAGCCAGAGGAUCCCAGAGGGAGGCUGAUCAUUGCAGCUCCCUGGCAGCAAGUGGUUCAAGUGGCUAACAUAAUGAAGUACAUGAAACACUCAAGGCCGAAUAACAUAUCUGGUUAUAUUUGGAUUUUGCCACAACCACUUUACAGAAACUGUAUCUUCAUAGAAACAGUGAAAUUUUGUUGGUGUUCUCUUUAGACUUAAGGCAUUUCAUACAUAGAUUAACCCACUUCAACCCAGACGCCCUAGCCAUUUAUAUAAAUGAUCUGCUAAAUGCGUAUCAAGAUGUUGACUGCUUUGUAGAGUGGCGGAUGUCUCAGAAACUGCAGAUCAAUAUGUGCUUUCACUUUUAAUCCCAAAUACCAGAAAACUCUCCAAUGAUGCUAGAAAAAGUAGCUAGAUUUGUAACUUUGGAAUGAGUCAUUGCGGUGAUGUCUGGGUUUUAUUCAUUUAAUUUAUUGUUGGUAGGGAGGGAUUUAAAACAUAUUUCACUGACUCAAAUACAAAUUUACUGAUAACUGGUACUGAUUUAUUUUGUCUGGAUUUAUGUUGAUCUUCUGUCCCACUGUUCAAAAAUGUAUUCACACCCACACUGAGUGAACUGAGCUGAACCCACCGUGCAUCCACGGAAGGUAGUGUAGCACGACACUAUAAGUAAUGAAUGUCCAAGAGUAUGCCAACAUACAGUAUUUGUUAUCAUCUCCAUUAGAUCUGAUUCAAGCGAAGUUACACAUACAGAAUUGUGUUUUUUUUCGGCAAUGCAAAAAUCUGGGGCAGAGCAGGCUUUAGGGGAUAUCUUCAGCCAUCAGUGAAGACUAGGUUCAAUCCUCUGAUAAGAACUGAGUCCAUGAAAUCUGGCAGCUUGCAACCCACAUGGAACAGUCAGAGGCCCAAUGAUCAAACUGGUGAGAAAUGGUAUGAGACACUGAAAGGGAAGAAAUAAAAGCUGUGUGUGGUUCUGAGAGCCGACCCCUUCAAAAGUGAGACAUUCACUGUUUUAAAAGGAAAAAUCCACAUUCAAUGCUCUUUAGAUGAAUAGAUGAAUACAUUCAGCAAGCAUCCUUGUCUGAAA